AUGGAUGAUUCAAAUACACACAAAGUAGACACUGAAUUAGGGAGUAUGACUGAACAAGGUAAUGUUGAUGCAAAGCCGCCCGACGAACCACACAACGUUGUGCCUCUUCCUCUUCCUCAUCCUCCACCUCCUCCUCCUCCUACAAUUGAUUUUCGCAUCCAAUUUACAACGGCAACAAAGUUUGAUAAUCGCGCACAAAUGCUUAAAUGGGUUAGUGAUUUAGCACGUUCGUUAGGUUUCGUUACCGUGAUUGUAAAGUCUGAUAAUGAGGCUAUUGGUAGAAAGGGAUAUGUACAUAUUGGUUGCCAGAGAGGCGGUAAAUAUCGGGAGUACUGCCACAGGAAAAGCGAACAAAAGAUGACGUUAAAGUGUGGUUGUCCGUUCAAAUUGAAGAGUUAUCUGUUGAGCAGCGGACAAUGGAGUUUAAAUGUUGUCAACGAUGAACACAAACACGAGAUGACUGGAGAUUUUCAAGGUCAUAAAUAUGCUCAGAGGCUUCUACCCGAAGAGAAAGAAUUGGUCCGCGAACUGACAGAAAAUAUGGCACUCCCGCGGAAUAUCAUGACGACACAGAAGAAGAGGCGACCACAGACAGCUACAACGAUGAAACAUAUUUAUAAUAUACGUUGUAGAAUGAAUAUGGCUAUUCGGGGUUCAAGAACAAAGAUGCAACAUCUCAUGAAGUGUAUGACCGAAGGCAAGUACUUGUAUAACCACAGAGUUAUUCCCGGAACUGAAACGAUGAGCGAUAUUUUUUGGGCUCAUCUGGACUCGGUUAAGAUCUUUAAUACGUUUCCAACUGUGGUUAUGAUGGAUUCGACUUACAAGACAAACAAGUACCGACUCCCCCUGUUUGAAAUUGUUGGUUCAACUUCAACCGGAAGGACUUACCCCGUAGGAUUUGCCUUUUUGUCUCAGGAGAAGGAAGAUAAGUUUGUAUGGGCAUUACAAAGCAUUCGCGGGAUGUUGCUUUGUCAAGACGACAUGAAGGUCAUUGUCACCGAUCGAGACCAAGCUCUUAUAAACGCGGUCAACAUUGUUUUUCCCAAAUGCACUCCUUUAAUUUGUCGGUACCACAUUCAAAUGAACAUCAAAGCAAACUUUAUAAAAAAGGCAAAAUUGGGUAGAAAACUGAGAAUACGCACAGUAUGGAGACACGUGAAGAUACUUUGA